AGUAGCGAGUCUCUACAGUGCAAUAUGCUUAUCCGAUCAAUGACAUCGUAGCUCAGAGGAACUAGUGUAGAAGGUUUUAAUCAUUUCUUCAGCAUGUGGUAAAAGGAUGGAGAAGCUCUAAUGGGGGUUUCCUCACCUCUGUCUGAUGUAAAGACUUUAAGUGGUCUGGAGACUGAUUUAAACACAUCCACAGAAUGUCUGUUGGCUCACGAUGGGAUACAAAUACUGCUGCAAAGUGGCUUCAUGCACCAGGACAACAUCAAGCAGUUCAUCAGUGAGAGCUUCCUAACAGUCAAAGGUGCCGCCCUUUUCCUUCCACGUGGGAAUGGCUCCUCUGCUGCCUCUUCCUGCUCGUCCAGAAUCACAGCACAGCGCAGCAAACAUGCAGGGGACCUUCAGCAGCACCUGCAGACCAUGUUCACUCUAUUGCGGCCCGAGGAUAACAUCCGCUUGGCCGUGCGGUUGGAGAGCACCUUCCCCCAGUGCACCCGCUACAUGGUGGUGGUCUCCACUAAUGGCAGGCAGGACACAGAAGAGAGUGUGGUGCUGGGAAUGGACUUCAGCCCCUCUGACAGUUCCUGUUCCAUAGGCAUGGUGCUUCCUUUGUGGAGUGACACACGGAUCCAUCUGGAUGGUGACGGGGGCUUCAGUGUGUCUACAGAUAACAAAAUACACAUAUUCAAGCCGGUUUCAGUCCAAGCCAUGUGGUCUGCUCUGCAGUCUCUUCAUAAGGCCUGUGAAGUGGCCCGCUGUCAUAACUACUUCCCAGGCAGCCUCUUCCUGACCUGGGUGAGUUACUACCAGAGCCGGGUGUCCUCAGAUCAGGCCCGCAUCAACGAGUGGAACGCCAUGCAGGACGUGCAGUCCCACCGUGCGGACUCACCUGUGCUCUUCUCUGAUGUGCCAACUGAGCGGGAAAGAACAGAGAGAUUCAUCAAGACUCGAUUAAGAGAGAUCAUGAUGCUAAAGGACCUUGAAAAUGUCACCUCAAAAGAUAUCCGCACAGAGCUGGAGAUGCAGAUGGUGUGUAACCUUCGGGAGUUCAAGGAGUACAUCGAUAAUGAGAUGAUCGUCAUCUUGGGGCAGAUGGACAGGCCCACAAAGAUUUUUGAGCAUGUUUACUUGGGUUCUGAAUGGAAUGCAUCAAAUCUGGAAGAACUGCAAAACACCGGGGUGCAAUAUAUCCUUAAUGUGACGCGGGAGAUCGAUAACUUCUUUCCAGGGCUAUUUGAAUACCACAACAUCCGGGUUUACGAUGAAGAAGCCACAGACUUGCUGGCUUACUGGAAUGACACUUACAAGUUCAUUUCUAGGGCCAAAAAAGCCGGGGCGAAGUGUCUUGUGCACUGCAAGAUGGGUGUUAGUCGUUCGGCCUCCACUGUCAUCGCAUACGCCAUGAAGGAGUACGGCUGGGACAUGGAGCAGGCCUUUGAGUAUGUAAAAGAGCGGCGAGCAGUCACCAAACCCAACCCAUCAUUCAUGAGACAGCUGGUGGAGUACCAGGGAAUACUGAUAGCAAGCAAACAGAGACACAAUAAGUUGUGGCGUUCCCACUCAGAUAGUGAUCUUUCGGAGCGACUCGAGCCACUCUGUAAAGCUACCGCCGCACAGUCUCUAGGGCGGUCCAGUUCCCGUAAUCAGACCUUCGGCCAGACUUCACCCUCAAUACAGGAGCUAUUGCAAACUCUCACCCCUUCCUCAGCUACUGCUACUGGAUCAAACGGACCGGUGGAACCCAACACAACACGCUGGUCAGAUAGCCACAUUCACAACGGAACCAUCCAUGAACCCACAGAGAUGCCUUCCUUCCCCAGGCCCAGGGCUGCUACUGUUGUCCCAGAAGCCAGACCUGAUAUCACCUCUGUGACUGUUACUGAGACGGUCCCACUAGGACGUCCUCAUCCGCCCCCGGCUGUACUUCACCCACCCUCGUCCCCCAAGCUUCUCUCAGAUGCAAAGGCCAAGCAAGGCCUGCCUGAGGUGUCCAAUCUUGUGCCUUUGGAGAAGUCUAGUCCAAAGGUGCACUCAUCUGUGAACAUUAGGACUCCUGAGCCAUGCACACAGGCCCCAGACUCCUACGGGCUCCAGGAUCUCAGCCAGCAAGUGCCUAACGCGGAGACAGACUGUGCGGGGUUAAGUCACAGCAGUGAUGAGGACCACCACCCCAGUGCCACAUUACAAAGGGCUGAGCUCGCGCUCACGCCUCCCUCCACUCUAAGCACAGAUCGCAUUGACUUCUUCAGUGCCAGAGAGAAGUUCCAGGGCCUUUCUCAAGAGAUUCGCGGGACUGACCAGGUGGUAGGGCAGGCACCUCGGGACAAAAGUCCAAGCGUAGAGACCAAACGGCUGCUUCCCGACAACCCCAUCAAAGAGGAGGAACAGAAAAAGGAGAGCUGCAGUGUCUCAGUCCAUAGCAAACUGUCCGGAGCGGAGCCCACAUGGCACAAUGUAACCCCUUCCCCCCCUCCAACCAGUCAACCUGUUUCCAGUAGCAGCAGUGAGGAAGAGGAGCUUGCUCAAGUCAUGUCAGCCGAAGCUGAAAUGGAGAAGGUGGAGCAUGGGAAAGACUGGCCAAAGGGCACUGUGUGGCGAGCUACCCGGGAGCUGGAGCAAAAGAUCAAGCAGGAGGUCUCGUCGGCAGCACUGGUGUCCUCGGCUCCCACGUGUCCCUUGCGACGCUCCCCCGUCAACACCAGCAGCAUAGAGAAAACUGAGGAGACCUCAUCCCACACACACCUCACACUCGAUCCAAGCACUGUGUCAACACGCCAUCACCAGCCUCAGCACCACGAGGUGGAGAGAGACCAGAGUUUUUCAUUUGAAGAGGGAAGUGAAAGCGAGAGACGACUCAGGGAAGGAGAGCACAGGAUCACCGGCCUCACACACUCGAGACAAAGCCAUUCGCACUCGUCCAGUUGCUCUCCGCCUCUGGUUCUCCAGCUCGAGGGCAUCACAGAGCAGGAGAGUUACACCGACUCCCGCUGUCCGAAGGACAUGAGGGAAACCUGGGAGACCCUGAAAGAGCUCGGGGCAUUUCUCUGGCAGGUGAGCAACUGCUCAGACAGAAGGCUCAGCCAACCAUGGUCUAGGAGGGAGCAAAGGAAGGGCCGGGCUGCCCGAGAGAGGACCAAAGAGGUGGAGGCUCGGAUCCGGCAGGCUGGACUGACCCCACCCUCAAUGAUGAAGCGUUCAGCCUCGUUGGCCAAGCUUGGGUCGCUGGAGCUCUCGCCUGUUGACCUGAGCGAGCUUGACUUAAGUCCUGCCUUACUCUCUGCUCCCACCAAUAAGCCUCGGCCCCAUUCAUAUAGUGACGAUACCUCAAAAAAGCAGCGCGUUUUACCCCACUGCACUCCUGCUCCUGUCCUCUCCUCUUCUGCCUCUCCUGUUUCUUCCACUGGAUCUCCUAUGCUUGGACAUGCAGAAAAUGAUGACACGACUGAAGAGGCGGAAUAUAGUGACAAUGAUGUCAUGCCCAUGCCACUGCCACACUCCCUGCCCUCCAAUCAGUGUUGGAGGGGGGAAAAUGCACAGGAGGAGGCAGGAUGUGCCCCGUUACCUGCUUCUACCUUGAUACCUGUGGCAACACGCCAACAAUAUGGGAGGACCCAUCCCCUGCGGAGACUGAAGAAACGGACCGUUAACCCUUACCACACUAUGUGACUUUUAUUCUGUGUGUGUGAGAAUCUGUGUGUUUGUGCCUGCCAGUGUGAGUUUGUGAUUAAAGGGAUAGCUCACUCAAAGACAAAAGUUCUGUCAUCAUUUAGUCACACUGAUAUCAGUCCAGAUCCUGUAUGUCUUCUCUGAAAGAUGUUGUGGGGGGUUUCCUCAAGUGUUUCCAAACCCUGUUCUGUCUUUGCUUUUUGUUCAGUCGAAUACAAAAGAAGAUAUUUUGAGAAAUGUUAGAAACCUGUGACUAUUGACUUUCAUAGUUGGGAAAACAAAUACUAAGGAAGUCUAUGGCUACAAGUAUCUCUAAAUUUUUCAAAGUAACUAUUAAGAGUAAGAAUUUUUGGAUUUCAGUGAACUACCCCUUUAAGAUGAGCCCAGAUGAUUCGAGCAUGAUCAUUUUUGGGUGAAUUAUCUGUUCAACUUGCCACGCAUACCUCAGUGGGCCUUAUCCAACCGCAAAUCAAACAGCGUGGACAUUAUAGAGCACAAUGUGAUUUUGAAUGUUUAUAGCUGGGAUUGAUGGCCCAAUAAACUGAAAUCGUGGAAUCCGACCCAUCAUUUGAGUAGAAAAAUAUCACUGCUCUGGAAGAACAACAAAGUGCGUUGACUGAUGUAUUUUUUGCACAGUGUCUAUCAGGUCGUUCUUUGCAUACUGUGGUAAUACAGUACAUUACCAUUUCAUCCUUUACCUGUCAAGUCUAUGAACGAAAACCACAAUGUUCUCUGCUGGAUUCUGGAGGUGUGUGUGUGUGUGAGUGUGAGUGUGAGUGUGUGUGUGCGCGUGCGCGCAUGUGUGUGUGUGUGUGUGCUGGAGGUUUAAGGAAAGCCAAUGGUGAGCGUGCUUGAAUUCAUUCAGAAAUGAAUGACAUGUAAUAGUGAGUGUAAAAUUAGUACAGAUAUGAGAUUAUUAUGUGUGUGCAUGUUGGUUUAAUGAGAAUGGGAUCAGUUCUGUGGUACUCGUAGAAUGUAGAGUUUAUGGGCCUACAGUAAGUGUGCAUAUGUAUAUUUUGUGGACGUGUAUGAUAUGUAUACUUUAACAUGGGCGUGUGUGCAGUUUCUGUCUGUUUUCGACUUCAGUGCAGUUUCUUCAUUCAGCAUUUUCUGUUUUGUUAAAAAAAGACAACAAAAGAGACGAGGGGGAUUUUAAUAUGCACUUUUUAUUAUUGUUUUACAUUUUUUAAACAGUGGUUUGUAUUCUGGACGCAUGCUCACAGAGUAUGUAUUUAGAGUUGCUUGUAAGGGUGUUUGUUGUACAGUGCAAAAAAGACAGAAAGACAAGUGAAAUGUGUCUUUGUUGUAAGACUGGAAAUUUUGUUUCUUUUUAUUGUGCUUAAACUGUGACAAUUAAAGAAAAUUCCAAAUGCACAA